UAGAUCAAGCAAAUCCUAACAUUACAAGUUCCGACCCCACGCCAUUGGCAUCUCACCGGCAAGGUUCCUUCCCCGCCAUAUCAUGACCAACAUUUGCAAUUAGAUAGCAUCGUUGUGCCCUUAUCAUAUGUCAAUGGCGUCUUCUGGAGCUUGGACGUACCGAGAUCGAACUUCCGAGUUCGAAUCUUUGUCCAAAACACUGAAGAAGAUUGCAGGAAGCACCGCUCCUGAUCAAUCACAACCGAAUUUUUCCUCUUCUACCUCAAAAUCACCAGCUACUCCGGAUCGAUCCGAAUUUAACAAGAAGGCUUCGAAAAUUGGGUUAAGCAUUCACCAAACCUCUCAGAAAAUUGAUAGGCUCGCUAAAUUGGCAAAACGAUCAUCCAUUUUUGACGAUCCAAGCAAAGAAAUCCAAGAAUUAACAGCUUUGAUAAAGAAUGAUAUCACGACACUUAACGUAGAAGUUUCUGAUUUACAAACCCUCCAAGACAUGGAGGUAGCUGAUGGAACUCAUUCAAAAGAUAGAGUUGUUCAUUGUACUGCUGUUUGUGAUGAUUUGAAGACCAGACUAAUGGCUGCUACAAAAUAUUUCCAGGACGCACUAACUACAAGGACAAAGAAUAUGAAAGCACAUGAGGAUCGGAAACAAAUAUUUUCUACAAAUCUCGCAAGAGAAAACCCUUUGAGGCAACCUCAAAAGACUGUAGCAGAGCCACCCCCUUGGUCAACUCCUCCAACAGGAGGUGGUCCACAUUCAUCAGUGUUACCUGCAAAUGGGGUUCAGGCCAGCAAUCAAUUAAGGCGGAGGUUGGCUUCAAAUAGUCCUCCAUCUCACCAAAUGGAAAUGUCCAUGUUACAAGAAGUGGUUCCAAGACAAGAAAGUUACUUGCAAAGUAGGGCAACUGCUCUUCAAAAUGUUGAAUCCACUAUUUCAGAACUGAGUGGGAUCUUCACCCAUCUAGCUACAAUGGUUGCACAGCAAGGGGAGCUUGCUAUCAGGAUUGAUGAUAACAUGGACGAGUCGUUGACAAAUGUUGAAGGUGCACAAGGUGCUUUGUUGAAGUACUUGAACCGAAUAUCAUCAAACAGGUCGCUCAUGGUUAAAAUUUUUCUUGUUUUGAUACUUUUUCUCUGUGUAUUUAUAUUUUUUCUGGCUUGAUGUCGGUUAGGAGAGGUAGAUACACAGUAAUUGUUACAUCUGGUGGUAUUCCUCCACUUGAUUAUCUUAUCGGCAUAGUAGUAUCAAAAGCCGAUUUCUCUCAGUAGCUUUGCCUCGAGAGGUGUAAUACUUAGCUGUUUUUUUGUACAUAAGGUACUGUAAUAGCAAAUUUCUUGCAGAUACUCACAACCGAAUUAUAUUGAUACCCUUUUAGUGAUGUCGAUUGCUACCCAGCAAAAGAAUGAAGUUCUGUAUCAACGAUUGAAGAAUGAAGAAUAACUGAAUAUUUGGAA